CGUCGAUGUCGUUAGAUCGCCAUUUUACUAAUUGUAAGCGUGCACGCAAUUCAGCGAAUAACGUUAUCAAAGUUUGUUAAAUUUUUUAAAAAAUCGUAAUGUGGAUUCGGGCGACCACAAAGGCCCGUUUAGUUUGUUGGCGGAAGCCGUAAUUGGUGACCCAAAACACCGUUUUGACUGUGAUAUUAGUGCAAGAUGACGACUCCCGAAGAAAUUAAGGCAGAAUAUACGUCCAGUUUGGCGGAUUUAACGUUCAAUAGCAAGCCUCUUAUCAAUGUUCUGACAAUGCUGGCAGAAGAGAAUCUUCCAAACGCCAGAGUUAUAGUGGAAGCUAUCGAAACACAUCUUGCAAAAGCACCUACUGAUGUCAAAUUACCAAUUCUAUACUUAAUUGAUUGUAUCGUCAAAAAUGUGGGCCAAACUUACACAUCACUCUUUGGUCACAAUAUUGUUUCUACAUUUUGCAAUGUUUUUAAAGAGGUUGAUGAGAAAACGCGAGCUGAAAUGUUUAAGCUUAGGCAAACUUGGAAUGAUGUGUUCCAUCAGAUGAAGUUAUAUGCCAUUGAUGUUCAGAUCAGUAUGAUAGACCCUGCUUGGCCUGUGACAGCACAACCGUCAAACAGUAUACACCUUAACCCCAAAUUUCUAAAAAGCACAACUACAUCUACUGCCAAGGAGGCACCUCCCAAAGGAACUUCAACUGAUAUAGAUAAAGAGACCCUCUUGAUGCAGGAGCAGUUGAUUCAGAAACAAAAGGAAUUACUUGAGCUACAGAGGAAAACAUUGGAGCUUGAAGUGCUGCAAACACAAGUUAAGCUACAAGAACAAUUAAAGUCAGGAGCACCUCCCAAUAUCUUGUUAAAACCAGAAGUUGCCAAACAGCUCAUUCCGGAAGCUAUGGGCAAGGCUAAAUCAAAACCCAUUGGAGUUGUUUCCUCAGUAAUAGGUCAGAGGUUCCAAAACAAUCUGGCAAAUCAAGCCAAAGUAAAGCCUACGAGUGGAGCUUUGGCAAUGGCCAAGCCCAUUCGCGAUCCGAGGCUUCUUAGACAGCAGCAGGGCACAAAUUUGCCCCCGAAGGCAGUAGUUAGUCAACCGGGCACGGCUCUUUCUAAUGUAAGGCAGAAGUCUGCCGUUCUUGAAAACAAUAAAAAUGUAAAUAAUAAAAUGGGUGUAAAAGACCUUCGUAAAGAUCCCCGCAUAACGAAUAAAAUUGAUAAAACUGCCAGACCCAAAACACUCCCCAAAUCCCAAACUGACCCCCCACCAAAAACUUCACGGCCCGUAACAGGUACCGAUUCAGAUAAAUCAAUUUUGAGCAGUGGCGGUAGUUCUAGUAGUUUAGAUUCUUUAACAAAGACAAUUAAAAUAAAAUCUCCCAAGAAUAAUAGGAAAAGGGAGAAAAGUGAGUCACCAGGUUCGAACGAUUCAAGUAGACUGGAAAAAGUCGAUGCGAGUGAUACUUCUGCCUUUAAAAGUGGUAGAAAUUCGAGGAAGAACCGCAACUAUAUUCGGCAUAAUCUAACGUCCAGUCCGGACCUACCGCAGGACGAAGACUUGCGAUCUCUGCCGCCUCCAGAUAAACAGCCUCGUAUUGAAGUAGGCGUCAGUGAGAAAGCAUCGGAACCUACCCCUGAACCUGUAGCUCAAGCCAUGGACGUCGAUUUGAGACAAUUGCCUACCGUAAUCGGUAAGAAGCGGCCGUCUGCGGAUGCUCCCGACCAGGCGUCGAAGAAAUCGAAGAGUUUCGACGUACUGUUUGGAAACGAAGAUACGGACCUGCGCCAGUUAUCCGUGGUUGGUACAGAGGCUACUGCUCCGUUGGUCGAGUCUGAGAGGCCGCCGACUCCGCCUCCGCCGAUCAUAUCUUCAGCCGAAAUCCUUACGGAAAAGAUACAGUCUCCGAAGAAGAGCGAGUUGGAUGCCAUUAGGGCGAAACUGGCGAGCGCGACCAACAGGGAAAAAGUCAUGGCGAAAUCAUUUCACAAGAAAAAACUAGAAGCGUCCCACUUUAAGGAUCAGGACUUGAGGGUGAAACCGGCCCCCCUCGAUACGGCCAAGGCCAUCAUCAUCUCCCCAGAGGAUGAGAAGUGCAUCAAGUCCGGCUCCAUGACCAAGGAGCAGGAGAAGCACAUUCUCAACAAGAUCUUCAUGCAAAUCGAGAAGAACAAACUGCGCGAGGCCAAAAAGAAAGACCACGAGGACUCCGCAUUGAACGUUUCGUUGCAGCCGAUUAGCGACGAUGAGUUUGAGGAUGACGUCGACGACGACCAAAAUAAAACGCCUCCGUUUCACGACGUCGAAGCGAACGACGACAUCAACGGAAACUCGGACGAUAAGUCCGAGGACAGGGACGACAGGACGAAAUAUUACGAGCCGAGACCUUCUUACAACGACAAAGACGAGAGGUUCAACGUGUUGGUUCCGCAGAACGAGCCAUAUUUUCAUCCGAGGGACGCUAGGAGGACCCCGUUUAGAGCCGGACCGGCGCACGGUGCUCCAGUUAUACGCGUGGAGCACUGGCGUGGUCGGGGUACGAGGACGCCGGGUCCUUCGUCCCGACCGCCGAUCCGUAUGUGGAUGCAGCAGCCGCGUCCAAAAUGGCGCAACCAAUAUAUACCAGAGUUCGAAGACUCGGUAACCUCGACGGAUCCAACAUCGGAACAGUUAACGGUACUCCAAGAGGACCUGAAGACAAUUAACAUCGACGGUAUUCCGCGAGACGUACGGACAUACGGCGAAGUGGCGGUGGUGUUUUUAAACUGGGACGAUCCGCGGGAAAUCUCGUUCCAGAGCGGUACGCGACGCGUCACCUUUAACGGAACCGACUCGUAUUACCUGUCGUUCGGUGACGGUUACAAAGAGUGUUCGAUAGAUGGCGAUCCGCGCUUAGUGAAAUUGGGCGUGCCGACGCGUGAAAUUUUCGUCGACAACGUCGGUUACGAGUGCUAUUUCGGCGGCGCGCCCAUAAACAUAACCUUAAACGGCGGUACCUCGGUUUCGGUACUGCUGGACGGGCCCGUGCCUCAAGUAAAAAUAGGCGAGGGCAAAAGGACCGACCUCGUGGCGGGCAAGAUUACCCUUAUAAUUAAUGCUAAGUUAAUUGUGCCUGUGUUUCUCGAUGCCAAAGAGCAAAAAUUUGUUAUUGACGGAGAGCAGAGUACUCUUAAGUUUGUAGAUGGAUUGAAAACAGUCUUAAUAAACGAUAUGCCUUUUGAAGUUGAAUUUGGUGGUCUCCCUAAACCUUUUACUAUCCACGGUAAAAAACACUUUAUCAGGUUCUCGCUGCUACCGAAAGGUGUUAAGCCGGGACACGUGAGGAUUCGGGAUAUGGAAGGAGAGAGAGGUUCGAGCCCAGCACUGGACGAAGAUAGUCAGGAUUCGGUGGUUAUCACUUCGGAAACCGGUCAGAUUAUGCGCGCCGGCGUCAACGAUGGAAAACACGUGACCGGGCAAGAGUCGCCUGACAGCAGGUCAAAGUCACCCAGUUUCUUCCAAAAUCUGUUGCAGCCCAACUUAAACAAUUUCGAUGUAAUAUCAAACGCGCUGUCAACGUCGAUGACGUCUGCGCCAUCUGCCGGAAGCUACCAAGUAGAAAACGUCCCUGGCAGCUCGGACGUCAAAGAAACCAAAGGAGAUAACUCAGCUACUGCGGUGUUGCCCCCGUUGAACAUCAACGAACUGUUCCAGAAAUUAGUAGCGUCUGGCUUUGUAAAGACUGGUACGCAACAAAUAGCCGCACAAUCAGUACCGUCGGAACCGGUUAAAAAGGAUUCGCCGGUAAUGACAAAAGUUUUACCGACCAGACCCAAAGAGAGAGGCAGAACAGAGGCCGGUGAGCCUCCUAAACAAGUGAAACGCAAUCUCAUACAAAAUAUGAGGCCCAUAGAUUUCAAUAGACCAGAAACUCUUAAAAUUAGGCAAAGCGUGUUGUAUACCGCGUUGUACGCCGGGAUGCAAUGCAGUAGUUGUGGAAUGAGAUUCCCUCCCGAAGCCAGCAUGCUAUAUAGUCAGCAUUUAGAUUGGCAUUUCCGGCAAAAUCGGAAAGGAAAAAGGAACAUUAGGGUGGCAGCCAGUAGGAAAUGGUACUACUCGCUCGCCGAUUGGAAAAACUACGAGGAGAUCGAGGAUCUCGAAGAGAGGGAAAAGAAUUAUUUCGAUCAGCAACAGCAGGCUGAGGUGUCGGCUGAAGAUGCGGAAGAAGAAAACGACAUUCCUAGCGUGCUCGCAGACCCGAGCAGUACCAACGAACGUUGCGAAGUUUGCCGGGAUAUCUUCGAGCAGUUCUUCAAUGAGGAAAAGGAAGAAUGGCACCUGAGGAACGCCAUUAAAAUGGACAAUAAAACCUACCAUCCCGUGUGUUAUGACGAUUACCAGAAGUCUCUUCUGGACCAAACCCUAGACGAAAGCAAAAAGGAGUUGCUCACAGGACAAGAGAAUAAGCUCAUUCCGGGCCUGGAAAUCAUUUUAGACGAUGACGAAGAUGAAGAGUACGUCCCAGGUUCACCGAAUGACGUCGUUUCUCUACCAGACGACGACGAGGAAGAAGAAUCCAAGGCCGCAGAAGAAGGACCGAUCGAAGAGCAUGCCACUGAAGAACCUAUGGAAGAUGAAGACGAUGAUGAUGACGUAAUCCUCAAUGAAGUGGCGCCGAUCAAAAUCGUCGUGGAUGAUGACGACGAUGAGGAUCAGGCUGCCGACGCGGUGCCUGUGUUCAGUAAUAGGGUGAAGAAAGAAAAGCAGCCUGUGGAAGAUGACGGUUUCGUGGACGUAGGAGAAGGGUUUGUGAGCUUGAAUAAGGGCGGGCAGAUCAAAAUUAAGUCGGAGCCUAUCGACCCGGAUGAUUUAGUAUCGAUCAACGAAAAGUCGAGGCCGGAACAAACGACCGAAAUCGUGGAAACGCCAAGGGAAACAAGUCCGAGCGCACCGUCUCAUCCGGAACUAGUCACCUCCAUCGACGGUAACAUCGAAUUGGUGUCGAACGUGCCGGUACAGGUGCCGACCAGCGGCGUGGGCGGUAACAAAAUCAAAAUAAAUAUUAGCAAACCGUUGCCUGUGAUAUCUCAGAAAGAGAAAGAGACCGAAGUUAGUGCCAGUAGUUUAGAGAGUGUUGUUCCUACGAUCGAUCCCAACGAACCUUACCCGCCCGGCGAAGAACCGGACAUUGUUCCUUUGAAACCGGGCUUAGAAAACGUAACGUUGAAAAAGUUGCCUCCCGUGAAGAAAGGUAGCGAACUGACCGGUUUGUGUUCGAUAAUGUGACUGUAAAAUAAAUUUGUAUUUAUAUAUAUGGGAGGGAGUUGUUACGAAACUAUUUAUUGCGCGAUAAUUUGUAGACAUUUUUCAUGAAAUUGCGUUCUUCGUUUUUACGAGGAGUUGUUGUCAUUUGUCAUUGUUGAAUAAAUUAUUUUUGAAAUCGGUUUUUAUUUAGACAUUUGGGCAGGACGUUUGUGUUCACCCGUGUUGCGCAGACCGCACGAGCGUUAAUUGAAAUUUUCGUUUGUAUAUAUAAGAGUAAGUAAUAUUAUAAAGAGGUUGGACAUCAUAUUGGUAUCGGAAUAAAUAUCUAGA